UGUGUGGUCAGUUAUAAAUAAUUAGCAAUUACUUCCGUAUCUCUGAACCUGCUGCUGUUUCCGUAUUAGUUUCCCCCCGCCGGACAACAGGCACAAACUGUAGAAGUAGAAGUAGCUGUAAUGCGUCCGAUUCCCGAGGAGUUAACGUCGCUCAUUUCAGAUCUAGAAUAUUUCCUCUGUGAUGGAUUAAAAGGGGAAAAUCUAAGCAAGAAGGCAAAAGAGAGGAGGGAAGCCUUCAUCAAACGGAUUAAAGAGGUCAAAUUGGGCUUCCCACAAGAUUUCAAGGACAAAAUAGGUGGAGAUGACUCAGAUGAUGAUGAGGAAGUUGACAGUAACAACGAUGGAGGGUCUCUGCAGUCGGAGCGCACAGACAAGGAUGAAGAGGCUUGCGAAGGUGCCCAGCAGUCCCCACCUGUGGCAGCUCAGGACCUGACGUCUGUCUUUAAAGCAGGAUACCUUGAGAAGCGCAGAAAGGAUCACAGCUUUUUUGGCACCGAGUGGCAGAAGAGAUGGUGCGCUCUAAGCCAUCAUAUCUUCUACUAUUAUGGCAGUGAGAAAGACAAGCAGCAGAAGGGGGAGUUCAAUAUCGAUGGCUACAAUGUCAAAAUGAACAGCACCUUACGGAAAGACUCAAAGAAAGACUGUUGCUUCGAAAUUUCAGCUCCAGACAAGCGAGUCUAUCAGUUUUGUGCGUCAUCAGUGAAAGAGGCGGAGGAAUGGGUGAAACAGAUAGACUUUGUUUUGAGAGAUAUGACAGGCAUCAUCCCAGAAGAUGAAGAGGAGGAACAGCAAGUGUACGAUGAUGUUGGAGCGAUCGACGAAGACAUCUAUGAAGAGCUCCCAGAGGAUGACAUACCCACUCCAGCAAAGCCUCCUCCAAAGGUGGAGCCAGUAAGAAAACCUGCUCCUCCUGCUGCAGUUGAUAAGAGCACAGACUACCCCAACUACUACCAGGGCUUAUGGGACUGUGCAGGGGACCUCCCAGAUGAGUUGUCCUUCAAACGUGGAGAUGCCAUCUACAUCCUGAGCAAGGAGUACCAGAGCUUUGGCUGGUGGGUCGGAGAGAAGAAUGGAAAUAUAGGAAUUGUCCCCAAAGACUACCUAAUGGAGCUUUAUGCUCAAUAAAUACAACCCAUGAUUAUUCCCUCCCAUAUCCAGUGUAAGAGACUGAUGAUUGGAUGAAGAGAUUUUCAUAUGACUGAAAUACAUGUUUAAGAGUAUUUUUCUAGUAUCUGCACGUUGCACUGCUUGUUCGUAUUUAUUUUCUGUCCAAGAUACAGUUUUUCCACCACACCAUUUCAUGCUCAGCUUUUGGCAAAUUUGGUAUUUGCAAAUGGCAAGAUGAAUAAAGAUUUAAAUAUA